AUGUUUGGUGGAAAGAAGGGGAAACAGAUACAGAGAACAGAGAGAUGGGAAUCGGAAGAGAAAAAGAAAUGA